UGUCGUAUUGGGUUAUUAUUGAGGAAAAACACAGCGCUGUUUUUCAUGCUACGUCUGUAACCAGCAGGUAUCAGCAACAGAUAGAAAAAUGUCAGAGCCCAGCAAGCAGGACAUUUCAGCUAUCUUUAAGCGGCUUCGCUCCAUUCCUACGAAUAAGAUUUGCUUUGACUGCUCAGUUAAAAACCCCAGCUGGGCCAGCAUCACCUAUGGCGUGUUCCUGUGUAUAGAUUGCUCUGGAGCACACAGGUCUCUCGGGGUGCACCUGUCCUUUAUCAGGUCAACUGAGCUGGAUUUUAAUUGGUCGUGGUUCCAGCUAAGAUGUAUGCAAGUGGGAGGCAAUGCCAGCGCGAUUGCAUUUUUCAAUCAACAUGGUUGCACGGCCAGCGCUGCCAAUGCCAAGUACAACAGCCGAGCUGCUCAGCUGUACAGGGAGAAGAUAAAGACUUUAGCCACACAAGCCACCAGACGCCAUGGCACUGAGUUGUGGCUUGACAGUCAGGCUCCUCUCUCCCCAACAUCGCCAGAUGACAAGCAGGUGGACUUCUUCAGUCUGCAUUCGCAGGCUGUUCCUGAAAACCUGAACAUGGCCAAGAUGAGUCUCAGCUCCUCCACAUCAGAGAAGCGGGUAACUGCGGAAAAAGAGGAAGACAAAAAUGGUAAUCUUGAGGAGGGUCCAAGUGUGGAGAUGCUGAGUGUUUCUCCAAAAGCAAAUCCAGAACUCUCCUCUCUUCUGAAGAAGAAACCAGCCGGUGCCAAGAAAACCUUGGCCUCAAAGAAGGGAGGUCUGGGCGCCCAGAAGGUUAGCAGCAAGAGUUUCACAGAGCUGGAGAAGAAGGCUCAAGCUGCUGAUAAGCUCAGAGAGAAAGAAGAGGGCACUACAACUGGCAAGAAUAUUCAGUCUAAGGAAUCCAUUGUCCCAUCCCUGCGACUGGCCUGUAUAGAUCUUGAGAAGCAGAGGAAAAUGGAGGAGCAGAAGUUGAAGGGAUUAGAGGGGAAGAAGAGAGAGCAAGCUGAGAGACUGGGCAUGGGUCUCGGCGUGAGGAGUGGAGUGUCUCAUUCUGUGACGUCGGACAUGCAGAUCAUCCAGCAGGAGAAUCCACAGGCGGCCAAGACCACCAAAGGACGACGGUUCACUGAAGACGACGAUGAUGAUGAAGGGUCCUUCAGCUCUAGGAUCUUGUCCCGCUUUGGGGAUCAAACCGAAAGUGCGGAUAGUUUCUCCUCACGGUGGGAUGAUAGAGGCGAGGGAGGAGGCUGGAUGAAGGAGAGCAAGAAACCAGAGCCAGACUUCUUGUUGACCUCCACUAUGUCAUCGCUGGACGACAGGCCCACAGCCAGAAGAAAACCAGAACCAGUGUUGGACACAGGAGAGGCUCGGACAAAGUUUGGGGACGUGAAAGCCAUCUCUUCUGACAUGUACUUUGGAAAACAUGAUAACUCUGAGUACGAGACCAAAACACAACUGGAAAGAUUUACUGGGAGCACCUCCAUCAGUUCAGCAGACCUUUUUGAUGAUCCGAAGAAACAGGCUGCGAGUUCGUACCGUCUGACCAGCGUGCUGCCCAGCGCUCCUGACAUGUCACAGCUCAAACUGGGGGUGCGCUCAGUCGCGGGGAAGCUCUCCGUCAUGGCCAGUGGCGUAGUCAGCUCAAUUCAGGAUCACUACAGUUCCUGAGUCAUGCUGGAUCUCUUGGAUUCAGCGCCCUUUUUGAUGUUCUCUGUUUAGCAGAGUCUGAUAAGUUUCCCAGUGAGUGGUGGUCACUCAUCUGGGGAGUAAAUGAAGGAGAAGGAUCAGCAGUGCGAAUCUGCUCUGUGACAGCACCGUACCCCCGAAUAACCCUGUAUACAUCUAUAGCUAGUUUUUUAUCAGAUAAUUAUAUACAAGAGCUGUAAGAAUCAAGAUGACCGAAGCACAACAGAUUCAGUUGAAUUAUGUUCCCUGCAGGCAUCUUGAAGGGAAUUCUAUGUGUAGAUUUCAGUUAUGAAGAAUAUUUACCUUGUUUGCAGUUUAUUACUUUAUUGCUUUGAGGUCUGGGGAUUUAAAUGUUAUAGAUGCUGUAUGUAGCAGUCUGAGAAGGUUUAUGGUGGUAUGAAGAGGGGAUUCGCUUUUUCAUUCCGUUAGCUGAUGAGGUCAAAAAGCAGUGGGGUGGAAUUCAAUUUUUAAUUGGUGAACAUGCCCACUGUAGUGUUGGGCUUUUGUUGCACAUUCCCACAGGUUUGAAAGUGUCCUUUCCGUCCCCAAAGUGCACUUAUGUUCGCUCUUCCACAUGCAGGACCAAAACCUGAUAAAGAGGCCCCAGGGGACCAGACAUGUAUGUUUCUUAAUUGCAUAUACUAUCAGUUAUGUAAACUGGGAUAGGCCUCUUUAGCGCGUAUGCUUCAUUAUCUUGCAAAUAGUUAUGUUUUCCUUUGUUUUCGUAGGCCAUGCAUCUGUAUGGACACACACCCCAGUUACAGCUGGAACUAAAAUGGGAUCUGUAUCUGGGUACAUCCUCGGAUACUAAAUGAUGCAAUCUUGCCUUUGUGUUUACACCUGGUAUGUUUCACGCAUUCUCCUUUUCCUCAUUGGGAUCAAAUCUCUGUCCUCCAGAGCAAAAGCUGCACAAGUAAUUUUGGACGGCGGCAAAUCAGCCUAAGACCCCCUAAAGAAAUCUUAUAUGUUAGCUAAAAAGAAAUAUCUGUAUGUUUGCUGGCAGACUACCUCCCGAUGUUGUCAGGCAGAUCUGAUUACAUUCUGAUCACAAACAUUACACUGUGCGUUUUUCCUUAUCGGGAUAAUGUGUUUGGAUACAGAUCACAUUUUAAUACCAGGUGUAAAUGGGGUCAAAAUGACAAGAUGGCAUGAAGCCUUAGCAGCUAUCAAAAAAAUAAGCUUAAAGGAAAAGUUGGACAUUUUGAGAAAUAUACUGAUUUUCUGCUUGGUACCACUCUCAUAUCCUACCACAAAGUCCAAAAGGCUGAAGAAUAAAAGCUUUGGCUUUUUAUAUGGAUAUCUUUGGACAAAACCAGGCUAGCUGUUUCUCCCUGCUACCAGUCUUUAUACUAAGCUAAGAUAACCUUCUGUUUAACUUAGCUUUAUAUUUAAUGGACAGAUGUGAGAGUGGUCUCAAUCUCCUCAUAUAAGUCUAUUCCUUUUCUUUUUUUAAAAAACAAACAGAUAAUCGAUCGACUUACUAGCACUAGAAUGACCUUACUUGAUGCCAGUUGCACUAUGUGUUACAUUCUGUUUUUUUCUUCUUCUCAAUCCAGUUGGUUGGAAUUAAGACACUUUAAGACAUUGUCAUCAAGGACAUAGUCAACAGUGUAACCUGUUGAAUUUAGAGGGUGCCUUUUGCUGAUGCUUUGGUGUGAAUUUGAAGGGGCUUUCUGUUGGAAUUUGUGUUUACACGUCUGCGGUGACUUUCUAUGUUGCCCCCUUUGGUAUUUAUUUUAAAGGCCCACACUUAAGAUUCAUGAAGGCACAAAUUUGCGGAUGCAUUGGGACCUCUUUGUAGCUUUCAGGCCCAGCUUUACAGCAUCACGUCGAGUUAAAAUAUGAAUUAAUUGAUUAACAAAUAAGUCCUUUUAAACCUUCAGAAUUAUUUUUUUGUGUUUGUAACAUACUGCCGAAGUCCACGUCUUUAAUUCCCUGUAACAGCUGGUAACUGGGCCAAGUAGCACUACGGAUGGUGCUAUAGUGUGAUUUUGGAUUUGACAUUUAAAAGCAAUAGAAUAGCAGCUUGAUGCCUGUUCAUGGCUCUGGUAUGGAAUCGCUACUUGUGCUUAAGCAUUUGGACUAAGUUUGACUUGAUGCUUAAAGUAUGUUAUACUCCAGAUAUCUAAUUGUGCAGCGUUGCGGGACUACAGCUUUUAAAACCCUGAUCUGGAACAGGAUGAUUAUAUUACUGAGCAAUUUCUGUACUGUUAAUGCUUCUCAGGAGUUUGAUUUGAGUCGUGUGAAACACUUAAAGAAAUGGUCAAAGUGAAAGUUGUAGAUCCUGCAAUGACCAAAUAUUUGUUUACUCCAUCACUCUAUGCCUUAGUCCAAAGAUCUCUGAUUACAUGCCCUCAUUUUGCAAUAUUGUGGAGUCCACUAGUUACCCUUUUUGCACAUAAUUUGUCUUAAAUUGCACGUGGCAGCUUUUGCUUGAAUGUACUGUAUUGCAAUUGAACCUUUGACGAUGCGUCCAGUUUAGACUUUUUGUAUUUUGCUCAUCUUUGUGAGAUUGUUUGUGUCUUCUGCUGUUCAAUAUUGUUAAUUGUUACAUAAAAGAGUAGCUGGUGUCAUUUGCAUGGGCCUUAUAGUUAAAAGCUGACACAUCCUGAAUACAAGAUAGCUGGAACCCAUCCAUUAAAUAAUGAUGUAAUUAAGAGUUCAACAAAAACUGUACAGUAGGCUGAGAACUGCUACAUACAAUGUUGUAUAGGGCUUUGAAUUACCAUUUAUAGAAAGCUACUGAUAAUCAAGUUUUGCCAUAUUUUGACACUCAAAAUGUAAGUAAGAUUUUUGGAAACCUGCCAAAUAAAUGGCUUGUGCUUAAGA